UGGUACACGAGUAUAUUAAAGCAUUUCUAACACAGCUUUAAAAACGCGAGCAUCUCUGUAAUUACAUGAAUUAUUGAAACAUAAAAAAAAUCUUCGCUAAAAUGACUUCUUCACAAUCUAAGGGACAUACAAGAGUGCAAUGGGCGAUUACAAUAUUGUGCAACUUGACGGUAUUCACAUACGGUCUCCAGUGCGGUUGGAUGUCACCUGCCACAGUGCUGCUGCAGUCACCAGACUCCCCCACUGGCAGGCCACUGUCCGCCAGUGAAGUGUCAUGGGUCGCCAGCUCAGCGUCCCUGGCAGGAGUGCUCGGUGCCUUCGUAUUUAUCAAAACUGUUGAUCGGUUUGGCAGGAAAAUGGGGAUCUUGGUUAUGAGUGUUCUACAAACGUUGGUCUGGGUAAUGAAGUUAGUGCCUGCCAGUACCACGACCCUGAUCACCGCCCGAGUGUUUAGUGGUAUGGCAGGAGCUGGCUGCUUCCACGUAGUACCCAUGUAUGUGAAGGAGAUUGCCCAGGACAGCAUCAGAGGCUCACUGUCAUCUGUCGCUGCCUUAGCUCAAAGUAUAGGAAUUCUAAUCAUGUUUCUAAUGGGAGGGUUUCUAGACUAUUACACGGUGUUAUGGAUUGUGGUCGGUCUCCCGAUAAUAACGCUCGCAAUGUGCCUUAAGGCUCCAGAAUCACCUUCCUACUUAGUAAAAGUGGGAAAGACUGAGGAAGCUACGCGAGUUCUUGCAUUCUUAAGAGGUCUCGAUGUUGAAGAUAAAGAAAUUCAGAAUGAGGUCGAAACUCUCAAGCGGGAAGAUGAAUAUUAUAAGUCCAUACCUAAUAUUUCAAUGGCUACAGUUUUUAAAACUAAACCCUGGCGAAAGGCAUUUAUCAUCAUGAUCUUGGUGAUCCUGGUCCAUGCUUCUAAUGGAAGUUUCUCUGUGCUCAACUACACUGCGACCCUACUGCAGGACUCGGGCAUGAAUAUCAGUCCGGAACUACAGUCACUCAGCAUUCCUAUAUUUAUGACACUAGGAUCCAUCAUCACAAUAACUACUAUAGACAAGCUGGGAAGAAAGUUGAUCUUGGGAUCAUCUUUUGCCGCCACAGCAGUCGCCUUCGCAUGCAUGGCCAUCUCCUCAGUGCUGAAGAUGUACGGAUGGAUGGCUCCUGCCUGGAUCAACGUGACCAUGAUGAUGGUGCUGAUAUGCUGCUACGGUGGUGGCGUCUGCCCCCUGCCCUUUAUUAUCAUGGCUGAGAUAUUUAAUUUCCAAAUCCGUGCCAAGCUGAUGGGUUACCUUGUGAUGCUGGCGUGGUUCACCAGUUUCAUUCAGCUGGUUGUGUUCAGUGAGCUGACGAACAGGUUCGGGGCACACGUCAGCUUCUACAUGUUUGUUGUCAUAAACGUGCUGGCGACUGCUCUGGUAAUCCUCGUCUUACCGGAGACCAAGGGAAAGAGCAUCGAAGAACUGGAGAAAGAACUAACAGAAGGGCGUAGAAAAAAGUGCGUCACCAUGUCGUAGUGAGGAAAUCGUGGCUGUAAGCAAUAGAAAUGACAAUGUAAAUAGUUUUGGUACGUACUCUGAAAUUGACGACGGAAAAUAAAAUGGUGCACUUGGAUAUGAAUUGGAGCUCUAAGAUGACCAGUCGUCUGAAAAUGAUGUUUUAUGGAAAUCAUAUGGUAUUGCAAGUUUCUAAUACCUACAUAGUAUGAUAUGUCGACUUCAAUAGUGUGAACCCGAUACCGCAGCGGUGUAGCUUCGGUACUGCGGCUCAUCAUCCGCGCUAAGUACCUCAAUGUGCUCGUUAAACUGUCCAAACUUGUGAACAGAUUUGUCUUCCACUUUGAUCGAUCGAGAUUGUUCCCUUUUUAACAAGUUAUAACACAUUAUGAGAGUGAAUUGGUGGCGAUUAAUAAUCGAGGCGUUAAAGUUAAAAUUAGUUCUAAAGGAAUCACUUGUCUAUUGUUAAUAUGAUAAAUGUAAUUUGUCUAGUUUGUUGUCCCAUUUAUACAUCUCAAAAUUUAAAUUAUAACUUUUUAAUAAAUUCUCACAAAUAGAGGCAGAUGUAGCCACAUAUUAAGAACGAAAACAAAAAUUAAGUCUCAAAAUGUUCACCUUCGGAUGAUGAUAAACAUUUUAUUAAAUAAAAAAUCAUAAAAUUGA